CUCGACCAGAAGAACUGCGGGGUGCUUUGGUUCGGUGGGCUUUCAAUGCAAGUGCAAUGCUUCAGUGCUAAUGACGUCGUUGAGAUCCACAGCAGAACAAGCAAUCCUAGCGUACAGAGCACUAACGAAGCUAGAACUAAAUCCUAACCAACCAACCACGAAACCAUCGACGACAUGCGAAGUCUUCGCUGCCCUCUUAAAUUGUUGACAACAGCGUAAAAGAAGGCUUAACCAGCCGCCAAAAUGGCAUCCUCAAGACGAGGACCCUCGGUUUUAGUAACCGACUCUCGGGAACGACCCUUGAUACGAAGCCCAGGCCCUCGCCCUGGCUCAUCCGGCGCCAAUUCCAGCCGGAUGCCCCCCAUGCGCUUCGUCUCGGUCGACAAUGUUCUACAAUAUGCCUCGGAUAUACCAUCCGGCCAACCACGAGUGCCCCCGGGCCACCGAACGAUGCGAGCCGUCGCCCGUCGGAGCGGCCACGGCGGCGGCGGCCUGCCCAUCCUCGCUUCCGCGAGGACGGGGCAACAGAACGUGCCGUCGCGGACAACCAAAGUUAGCGAGAAACUCGUGCUCAUUCCCGAGACCGCAGAGGAGAAGGACGGGGUGGCGAGCGACGACGAGUUGGCCCAGCAGGCCGCCAUGCUGAGGAGCGCUACCGAGGACGAGAAUCGACCGUUGCGGGAUGAGGAACUGGAUGUGUUGCGGAAGCGGGGGGGGAUCAGAGGGAAGAGCUAUGCGGAACGGUUGCCGAAACUGGAGAGGGGGAAUAAGGUGGCGCGUCUGACGGCGUACUGCACGGCCCAGGCGUACAGGAUGAAGCCGACGGCAGAGUACCUACGGACAAAACAUGAGGCGAAGACGAAGCUGUACGACGACUGUUUGUACACUGUCUACCAUCUACCACUCCUUGCUGGCGUCGACGGGUACAGGAUACGCAGCCGACCGAUAUUGAAGACGCCGGGGACAGGGAAGACGGUUUUGGACCUGGAGAUUGAGCGGAGCGAAAGACGAGACUAUCACGAGGGGUACUUCGACUAUGACGCAGAUGGCGUGUCUGGCGCUGCCAGCAGCCCCAGUGAAGCAAGCCAGUUCCCGUUACACGAGACCGUUUCCGAGGACCGUGGACGCGAUCAUUACGCGGACGAUCCCGACAACCCCGUCAGCUCGAUCACCGGCCUGGUGACGGACGCCAAGAACUUCGCCGAGAUGUUCGUAUUCUCCUACGGAGUGGUUGUGUUCUGGAACUUCACCGAGAACCAAGAGAAGGACAUCCUGGCCGAUCUCACCUUCGUGCAGAACGAGACGGGCGUCUCGCUCGUGACCCGCCCGCUCGACGAGAGCGAUUUCGAGACGGAGGAGUUCCACUUCGAGUACAGCCCCGACGUCAAGCGGCCGCGGGUCUUCAACGACAUGAUCACGCUACUCCCGCGCUCCGGCCACAUGGUCAAGCUUACCAUCAGCCACGCCAUCGCCCAGAGCACCAAGCUGUGCUUCUUUGAAGAGCGCAUGUCUCAGACGAUGCUCGGCGCACAGCACGUCCCCAAGCGGCUGGCCCUGACAGGCGAGCUAAGCAUGACCCGGACAGAGAUCGUCAAGAUCCUAGGCCAACUAUUCAAGAGCCGCGUCGACAUCAACCUCUCAUCCAACAUCCUCGACGUCCCAAACUUCUUCUGGGAGUCGGAGCCGACGCUGCACCCCCUCUAUGUCGCCGUGCGCGAGUACCUCGAGACGGACCCGCGCAUCCGCGUGCUCAACGAGCGCUGCCGCGUCUUCCUCGACCUGGCCGAGAUCCUGUGCGACAGCGUCGCCGACUCCAAGAUGAGCGCCAUCACCUGGAUCAUAAUCGUCCUCAUCUUCGUCAGCAUCCUCGUCACCGUGUCCGAGGUCCUCCUCCGCUUCGGCAUGCUGGCCAGGGCCGGCGCCGGCCGUGGCGACAACAACGGGAACGGGAACGGGAACGGCGGAGCCGUCGUCGCGUGGGGCGGCCCCCGCUCCGGCGGCUUCCUCGGCCUCCCCGACCCCUCGGCCGCCGCCGUCGCCGGCUUGGAUCCCCGCGCGCUGGAGGAGCUGAGGGCGUGGAGCGCUGCGCUGGGCGAGCGCGAGAGGGCCGCCGUCUGUGGGGCCGAGUAUGUCGGGACUACUUUUGCUGGUGUGUGAGUCUGUUGGGGAGCCUCCAGGGAUGGAGUAGAGUUAGAGUAGUCGGCACAUUUCGCGGCAUAGCGCAGGCGUUUGGUGACCUUCUUGUUUUCUUUUUUGUUCUUUCCCCUGUACAUUCUACGUAGGACGCAUGCCUGUCCUUGCAAGAUCCUGGAUUUGGUCAAGGUCUAGCUCAACAUGCAAGGCUGCCUUAGGGAAUAUCGCAUUUGUAUCACUUCUGCCGAUGUGGAACAAUGAAUGAAUCGGGAAACUUCUUUUUUAGGUAUCCAAAGGAAAAUGAGAGUUGUCGAACUCGUAAAACUCCCACGCCAUGCCGCAACGGGAGAGACUAAGUAGGUAACUAGGAAAAUGCAACAUACAAC